AUGGGUUGCAGAAAACCGCAACAGACAACAAGUGUGAGGUUUAGCAUAAAGGCUGUAGAAACGGUAAAACGGGAUUUCUAUAUGGAUGACAUAUUGAAAUCCGUAGAAACCAUAGAAGCCAAGAAUUUGGUUAAUGAAUUGAAAACCUUGUGUAAUGAAGGAGGUUUCAAUCUCACAAAAUGGACGAGUAAUCGUCGAGAAGUGUUGGUAAAUAUACCUGUCGAAGAGCGAGCAAAAGAACUGAGGGAUUUGGAUUCAGAUGCCUCACCACUUCCAAUGGAAAGAACGUUAGGCAUCCUUUGGAGUCCAGAAGUUGAUGAAUUCCAGUUUCGGAGUUUGCUAACGGAGACUGAAGCAACCCGAAGAGCCAUGCUAUCAGUUAUUAGUUCAGUUUAUGAUCCUCUUGGAUUUAUCUCACCCCUGAUCAUACCAGCAAAAAUGCUUUUGCAGGAGAUGUGUAAGCAGAAGGCUGGAUGGGAUGACAAACCAGAUAACACCACCUUAGAUAAAUGGAAACAGUGGACCCAGAACAUAAAGGACAUACAAGAAGUUAAAAUUGAUAGGUGUUAUGUUCCAAGAGGACAUGGAAAGGUGGCAAGUAGAGAAUUACAUGCAUUCAGUGAUGCUAAUGAGGUGGGUUAUGGGGUUGUUAUAUAUCUCAGAUCCACAAAUGAGAGAGGAGAAGUGCAUGUAUCCCUUGUGUCCUCGAAAACCAGAGUGGUACCUCUGAAAAAGGUAACCAUACCCAGAUUGGAAUUGACGGCAGCAACUCUGGCAGUCAAGAUGGUGCAUGUAGUGACAAGAGAACUGGACUUUGACAUAGCGAGAACCAUGUAUUGGACCGACAGCACUGCCGUUCUGAGAUAUAUCGCCAAUGUGCAAGCAAUGUAUCUGACGUUUGUAGCCAAUCGGGUACAACUUAUCAGAGAAGCAACCAGUCUAUCCCAGUGGCAUCAUGUGAGCACAAGGGAGAAUCCAGCAGAUAUGACUUCCAGAGGCGUUAAGAGAACACAAGACUUGAUAACUGGCAUCUGGUUCAAGGACCAGAUUUCUUGUGGCAAUCAGAAUCAGAGUGGCCGAGAGAUGUGUUAA